AGAGGUUCUAGGGCCAUCGAACAAAUCAGUCGCAACGCACAAUAUGGCUUCAUUAUUAAUCCCUUAUCGGCAAUGGACGAUGCGACAUUCCUCAAACACGUCGAGGACUUCCACGAGAAGAAAAAAUUGAAAGAGGUGGUCGACUUUAAGACAUUCGAGCGAGGAGCGCGGCUGGCCGUGAGUCGUCGGGAACUAGAGAAAUAUCAUCCGGAUACGAUGACCGACAAGGAAAAGAUGGAACUAGACUCGGAAGACGCUGGUGAAUUAAGAUCUCUUACUAAGGCUCUGAGAGUGUUGCUUUUCACCUGCGCGAUAGGAGCUGUAGUACAUCAGGAGAGUAUCGUUGGAGCAAACAUACAAUGGCCCGAAGCUCUACACAUCGCCAACACCGGAGACAUCGUCGGAAGUCCGCAAUGGAACUAUUUCAGUCACAAGGCCAUGGUUACUCGUGUGCCGGCUCAUACAAGGAAUAGGCAUGGGCGCAAAGGCUUCUGUCUGUGGUCAUUAAUUCAAGCCAGAGUACCAGUCAUUGAGAGUGAGGUUGCUCCUCCAAAGCUACGAGGAAGACUUCUGGUGUCAUGGCAGACGUUUGUAGCAGUUGGCAUCUUUCUCGGUGCCUCAGCUAAUCUUAUCUUCCAUGGACACUGGCGAUUGCAGAUCGGCAUGGCGUUCAUCCCGGCCGUGCCUCUAUUAUGUCUCUGUUACGUGGUUCCUGAGUACGUUUGGAAAACCCCAUUACUUCUAUAUCCGAAUACUGAUUCUUAUAGAUCACCUCGUUGGCUCAUGCGAAAGAAGCAGUAUAGAAAGGCUUAUCUAGGUUUACUACAGUUAAGAGCGACUCCGUUGCAAGCCGCACAUAUAUUCCUGGUGUACGUGCAAUCGCAUGUUGAGGCACUUUUGUUUGCAGGCGAAGAGGUCACCACCGAUGUCCUCUCAGAAAGACUUGAUCACGACUUGGAAAAUGAUCUGGCACCUGCUUCGAAGUUUCAUGAGCUAUGCAGCAGAGUGUAUGAGUUCUUCUCAAAUAUCUUCGGCCUGUUCCGCGAUGGCCGUAAUCGACGGGCUGUUGUAGCCUCUGGUGUAGUCAUGAUUGCGCAGCAUAAAUAUCUUUGCCUUUCUCGCAACCACUGUCCUUCACGCAUCAAAGCCAACAAACACUCUUUGGAUGGCAUUUGGGUCAUACCAUUCAUGUACUCCUCGGAGAUAUUUCCGCAAAAGUACCGUGAAGUCGGGAUGUCUCUGGCGGUUGCGAUCAAUCUCAGCUUCGCAGGUGCGCUUGCCAUGGCAGUACCUCAGUAUCAGCACAGACUCGACGGUGCUACUCGAGACAAUCAACAGCACCUGAAGCUGCUGGGAUCAUUUGCGAUACUCGACUUUGUUGCUGCGAUACUCGUUUGGCUCUUUAUGCGGUAUCCCGAGAAGGCCGUGGAGCUCGAGGAUAUGAACGUCCUCGGUCAGAACGAGGCCGUACCUUUGAACAUUGGCAAGAGGACCACUUGA